UGGAUUUGGGCAUCUCCUUGAAUUAUGGCCAUGCUGACCACACCUACUGCAUUUGUGUUUAGCAACAGUCCUGCUGAGUCUUGUGCUACCUAAAUCUUCAAAGGGGUCCCUUCUUCUCAGCUUCUUAGGCCUUCCAGGCCCUCUCUUCUUUAUGGGAGGAAGUAUCUCAGGGUCAUUUGUAGGCUGCCAUAACUCUUGGCCAUUGAUAGGAGUGAUCUCAUGCCCAUAUGUAGCUUCAUAUGCAGCUCUCUUAUAGUAUGGAUGCACAAAAUCUUCUGGUUUCAUCCUUUUACAUGCUAUGGCAGCCACUGCAUGCCUGCAUGGUAUGCCAACCAAAUCAAACAGAUUGCAUGUGCAUGAACUUUUGCUCAAGUCCACCACAAAUCCCUCACCUGUUUGCAACAUAUUGCAGGAUUAGGACAGCCAUUAUCCAUGAAAGUAAACAAUGUGUAUAAAUUCUUAUUGGACUUUGACUUGACAACAUUGCUUCUUAUCCUAUCAGACUUCCUCACUGGCAACUUGAAUUUGGCAGGCCUCUUUGUUGGAGAAAAUUUUUCAACACAAAAAUUAUCAAGACCAGGUAACUUCAGUGGUGCAUCCACUUGCUUCUUGGAUGGAGGUUUAAAUGGCUGGUUUUUCUUCUUUGGAGGCUCCACAGCCACUUGCUUCCCCUUGUUCUUUGGUUCUUUUGCUUCUCCUUUCUUCUUUGUAGCCUCCACAGCCACUUGCUUCCCUCUCUUCUUUGAACCAUCCAACUGCUUGUCCUUAUUCUUUGGAUCACCUGAUUGAACUUUCUUGGCUUUCUUCUUUGAACCAUCAAGUACCCUGAGGAGAUCAAUUGGAGUAGUUGGCAGUUCAUCAGGAGCAUGCUUAACAAAGAGAUGUACUUCCCCCCUCUUUACAGCAUAUUUACCCAACUCUAUUGCCUCUUUAUCAGUGGACAAAGGCCUGAAAUUGCGAAUUGCAAAAUCCUCGUCUUUCAUCGAAAACACCUGGAACUUUCCUUUUGUAUACCCCAGCUCAGCAAUUACAUCAAGACUCUCAAAAUAACUCCACCUAUCACUAUCAGCAUCCACAGUGUUUUCUUUGACAUCUACGUAGUGCAACCUUGGCUCCUCAACAAAUUGUCCAGAGUGAUGAAUAAUGGCUUUGAAAGCCAUCCUGAUAGAAAUGCAGAUUAAUUACAUGCAACAUCAUGAUAGAAAUAGAAAGGACAAAGGAACAUAAUGCUAACAUUGGAGUCUACAAAUUGAUGAACAACAACCCAAUGCAAGAAUGCAUGACCCGACACAACCAAAGCCAUACACCCUACCAAAAUCGUAAGAACAGAGAGAUAGGCAGAAAUAGAAACCAAGGUAGAAAUAGAAACCAUGUUGAGCUACAAAAGAGAUAGGCAGAGCAGAGGACACACUAACCUUCGUCUCCGUCAAUUCCAGUCGCCUUCCUCGCCGUCGCCGCUGUCAAAGUUCGUCGUCGCCGCCGUCAAAGUUCUUCGCUCUUCGCCUGGGAUAGAAAGCUAGGUUUCAACUGAGAGAGAUUGAAGGGUGGGUCGAGAGAUGGGUGAAUAGUAAGGGGUAAAUGUCAAGUUUAGAUUAGGUUUUAGGGUUAAUUAGUUUUAGGAUUAUUUAGUUUAGCUAGGGUUAAAUCAGAGGGCUUAAUUAUAAUUUUUAAAAGAAUUUUUUUUUAUUUAAAUGCCAUGUCAUUUCAUUAAAUGACGUGGCACGACCACGUGCACGGCUGCCGGAGCUAUACCGGCGGCAAGGACGGUUUCCGUACAAACACUUGAGUCUGAGGAUGGGGUUAGGAAGAUUUUCCGGCGAGGGACGGAAACCAGAUCUCGCUCAAAGUUCAGGGACGGUGAACACAUUUAACCCUUCAUUAUUUCAUGAAGUAAGCAAUAACAAACGGUUUCUUGCAAAAUGUUCAAUUGAGUUCAAUUUGUUUUCCUAAAUCAAAUAUUAAACGUGCAGGGUUAUAUAUGUAAUUAAAAUCAUGGUUCUGUUCUAUUGACUUGGAGUUACCAAACACAACACACAGAACAUUGUUGUCCUGUUCCAUCAUGUUCUGUCCUGUUCCGUUCUGUUCUGUCCUAUUCCGUUCCAUCACCAAACGCUACCUAUAAUUUCCUUUAUGCAGUGUUUAGUUCUUUCUCUUCUUACUAUCUCUUUCUCAUCAGCAAAAGCUGACUCCAUUUUUCCGCACAUCAACAAUAAGCUUUGCAUUUGUGACUUGGUCUAUCCCACUGUCUUUAAUUGCCAAGUUUAGACCAACCAAUCCACCACCUAAUUGGAAUUUCAUUUCAGAUUCCAAUCAUAUGUUCCAACAGACAAGAACAAAUCAUAUUAAUAUAUGUUUGCAAAUCAUUUUAAAAUUGAUUCUAAAGCCAGAACUAAUUUUGGUGAGAAGCAUAUGUGAAUAGCUUUUGGAUUUUAGAAUCGAUUCUAAUGAUAGAGAAGUUGAUCCAACAUAUGCUACUAAUCAAUGAAAUUUCCAGUCACUUUCCUCUUGUUCCAGUUCAUAUGCUACUGAUUCACAACUAUGUCAAAGUUGCCUAGGUAGGAUCCAUAUUUAUACAAGAAAGAUGAAAAGUCCCCAGGUGCAAGUUUUGGUAGUCCUGGUAUGAGAAAGAGAAACUGUGUCUGUGAAAGAGGUAACUCAACCAAUUUCUGGCGAGCAUGGAAGCUUAUGAUGUUAACUGAACAAGAUUGGGUGAAGAAGGCAGCCCCAAGGAGGGGCAAAUUACCUUCAAAAUUUGUCUUUAGUUUUGCUACGUAUUUACUUUUGAAAGGAAAAUUUUAUUCAUCUCAAAUUUAAUUUGGACAAAAAUCAAUUUACAAAACCAUGAUUAUCUAAAAUUUCACAAACGCGCGCAUGCCGGCUUAGGGAGUAUUGGGAAGACUUUGUUGAAGCUUAUCUUACAGCUGUUUCCAUGUGAUAAAUUGCUCUUUUAAUUCUGACUCAGUAUGACAAAGGUCAAAUGUCUCUAAAAAAUGCGGCUCCAUUUGAACUUUUAUGUCAGGAUUAAACAUUCACUAUUUACCAUUGCGAUUGACACCCGGGUGCUUAAGCAUUUAAACAUGUGUUUGUUUAAUCUUCUUAAAAUAUCUUAUGAUAAACAUAUUAGUAAAAUUCAUGUAAACAUCCUAGCUGUUUGAUCGAACUUCAUACUCCCUCCGUUCCAGAAAGUUUGUAGUUUAAGGUUGUGACACAAAGAGUAAGAAAACAAUUAUUGAUAGUAUAAUUUGACUAGAUUGCCCUUAUUUAAUUUUAAUAGUAUGAUGUGCAACUAUUAAAGUAUAAUGUAGUUAAUAGAGAAGAGUUGUGGUUGAUUAAUAUGAAAGGUGAUAAGUGAGAGAAAAUGUAUUAAAUGAGGGUAUAAGUGAAAAAAAUUAGUAAAAAAUGCAUUAGUUUUCUAAAACAACAAACAUUUUGGGAUAUUGAAAAAUAGUGCAAAACAACAUGAAACGGAGGGAAUAUUUAUGACGUACUCAUCUUCUUUUCCAUUCUGAUUCAAUCUUAUUAGUGUGUUGGAUACCGUCAACAAAUUUUCCACUGAGUGAUACACACUGUCGUUCUACCUGGCAGCCAUUGCUGAUUUUGGUGACACGUAUUUUCCACAUGUCCUCGUGCAUGCAACUACCACACCAUUUCCCUCCAUAUAAACAACACACUUUCCCUCAUGCAUAUCAAGAAACAAAACAAAGCAAAAUUAGUUUGUUGUUCAUCUCUGAACACACCAUGGCCACGAAAUCACGGUUUUCUUUAGCUAUCUUCUUCUUUCUCUUCUUUCUGCUAGCCGUCACUUCAAUCUCUGCCAUAAGCACAGAAGAAACAGUGGUAGAAGAUCCAGAGCUCAAAACAUGCAAACACCAGUGCGAACAGCAACUGCAGUACUGCAAGAGUGACAAACGAAUUUGCAAGCAAAGGUGUGAAGGGUAUCAUGAAAUGAAGAAAGAACGAGAGAGGCAAAUUGAAGAGGAAACUCGUGAGAGGAAAGAGCAUGAGAUGGAGGAAAAGAGUAAACAUCAUCAUCAUAGUCAAGAAGAAGAGGAAGGAGAAGAAGAAGGAGAAGAAGAAGAAGAAGAAGAAGGAGGAGAAGAAGAAGAAGAAGAAGAAGGAGAAGAAGAAGAAGAAGAAGAAGAAGAAGAAGAAGAAGAAGAAGAUGAGAAUCCUUUUGUUUUUGAAGAUAAAGAUUUUGACACUAGAUUCGAUACAGAGGAUGGUAAAAUCUGGGUUCUGCAGAAGUUCAGUAAGAAAUCCAAGCUUCUUCGAGGCAUUGAGAAUUUUCGCUUGUCCAUUUUGGAAGCUAGAGGACACACUUUCAUUUCUCCACGCCACUUUGAUUCUGAGGCUGUUCUCUUCAACGUGAAGGGGCGAGCUAUAAUUGGGUUGGUGGUUGAAGACAAAACAGAGAGAUUCAACAUGGAACCUGGAGACAUCAUGAGAAUACCAGCAGGGACCCCUGUCUACAUGGUUAACAGAGAUGAGAAUGAGAGGCUUUUCAUUGCCACUUUCCAUAUACCAGUUUCUACUCCUGGAAAUUAUGAGUCAUUUUUUGGGCCUGGAGGGCAAGACCCAGAAUCAGUUCUCACAACAUUCAGCUGGAAAGUACUUGAAGCUGCACUAAAAACCCCACGAGGAACAUUGAAAGGGCUUUUUGAUCAACAAAACCGGGGAAGCAUGUUCAGAAUACCCAAACAACAUGUUCAUGCCUUAGCCCCUAAGCGAACCAUUUGGCCUUUCGGUGGCCAAUCCAUGGCACCUUUCAACCUCUUCAGCAAGCGCCCCAUUUUCUCCAACGAAUAUGGCCGUCUCUUUGAAGUUGGUCAGAAUCCUUCUGAAGAUAAGAGUGGACUUCAAGGACUCAAUCUCAUGGUCACCUUUGCCAACAUCACCAAUGGGUGUAUGAGUACUCUUUUCUACAACACACAUUCAACACCAAUAGCAAUGGUGGUUGAAGGUGAAGGACAUUUUGAGAUGGCAUGCCCACACCUCUCAUCAAGGUCUCACUCACAAGAACGAAAGAGUAGCCCCUCAUAUCAGAAGAUCAGUGCAAGAUUAAGGCCUGGGACGGUGUUUGUUGUUCCCGCUGGUCACCCCUUUGUGACCAUUGCUUCCAAUAAAAGUAACCUCAUGAUUCUUCGCUUUGAGGUCAAUGCUAAAAACAACAAGAAGCUCACUUUUGCAGGGAAGGGGAACAUUGUGAGUGCAUUGGACAAGACAGCAAAGGAGUUGUCCUUUGACUACCCUGCGGACAAGGUGGACAAGAUCUUCGAGAGGGAUGAGGAAUUCUUUUUCCCUGGCCCUGAAGCUUUCGAGGAGAGCAAGGAGCGUGGUCACUCUGAGGCGUGAGAAGUAGUGAAUAUGGUUGUUGAAGAUGAGGAUGUGUGUGUAGUUUUGAGUUUUCUAUUUGUGCAUGAUGUAAAUUAGAUGGAGUUUGUGUGUGUAUACGAGGAUGAUGUAAAAUGAAAUAAAACUGCCACCGUUUGCUAUCUUUUGUGAUAUAUAGCAGAGGUUAAUUA